GAAUUGUUUCAAUUAUGACUCUCACUGUUCUUGCCUAUGAACGCUACAUUCGAGUAGUCCAUGCAAAAGUGAUUGACUUCUCGUGGUCUUGGCGGGCUAUCACGUACAUCUGGCUCUAUUCAUUAGCCUGGACUGGAGCACCUCUUUUGGGCUGGAACAGAUACACACUGGAAAUUCAUGGAUUAGGUUGCUCAGUGGACUGGAAGUCAAAAGACCCCAAUGAUACAUCCUUUGUGCUCCUUUUUUUCCUUAGCUGUCUAGUAGCACCUGUUGGGAUCAUGGCCUAUUGCUAUGGCCAUAUUCUAUAUGCAGUAAGAAUGCUUCGCUGUGUGGAAGAUUUCCAGACUGUUCAAGUGAUCAGACUUCUAAAAUAUGAAAAGAAGGUGGCUAAAAUGUGUUUCUUAAUGAUCUCCACGUUCCUUAUUUGUUGGAUGCCCUAUGCAGUGGUCUCCCUUCUGGUAACAUACGGCUAUAGCAACCUUGUAACUCCAACAGUAGCUAUCAUCCCAUCUUUCUUUGCCAAGUCAAGCACUGCUUAUAAUCCAGUCAUCUAUAUCUUCAUGAGUAGAAAGUUUCGACAGUGCCUUUUGCAACUCCUGUGCUUUCGCCUGAUGAGAUUCCAGAGGACCAUGAAAGAGACACCGGCAACAGGGAAUGACAAACCAAUACGACCAAUAGUUAUGUCUCAGAAAGCAGGGGACAGGCCAAAGAAGAAAGUGACUUUCAGUUCUUCCUCUAUCGUUUUUAUUAUCACCAGUGAUGACACUCAGCAAAUAGAUGACAACAGUAAGCACAAUGGGACAAAAGUAAAUGUCAUCCAAGUAAAGCCAUUAUAG